GAAACCUUUCGAGGAUUUGCUCAUCGAUUUGGCCCAUGCCAGCCCUUCUAAGGGCCAGUUGUUUACGGGCGAGCGGGCGGGCGCCAAAGAAGAGGAACUGCUUCACUUCACCCUGAUGAAGUUCGAAGAUCUUUUCCCUGACGAUGAGGAGCCUUGGUGGGAGGAGUCGGACAAACCAGCCGACAAUGAGCGCAAGGUCAUGUUUGAUCACUCCGUGUUCUUCGAAGACAGCGGAAGCAAAGAUGGUGAGUUCGUGCAUCGUCGUUCGCAAAACCAGCUGAUCCCUCAGCAUGGCUACUAUUCGUCUUCCUGCUUCACACGUUUCCCAGAAGAUACGUUUGGGAAGAAACGCUACGUCCUCAAGAAACCCGACGACCCUGUGGAGUCUAUCGCACGGGUGGAGAUGAAUGUGCGCUUGAAGCAUGUUCUGCCUCUGAUGCGCUACACCAGCGAUUUCAAGGCCUGCGUGCCCAUCAAUAGUCUCGAGUUGCCUUUGAGGUCGAACUUGCAAAUCAUCCUGAAGGAAUCCGGGAAUGGUGAGCAAUUCAACUACACCGUGGACCGCUUGACGAAUCUGAUCAGUGCGCCAAGUGAAUUCUUCGCACAUGCAGAACAACACCCAAUGUAA